CUCUCACACACACCUAACUCACUCUUGCAUUUAUAGUGCAUGGAAUAAAGUGGAGUAAUAUUUUUUUGUGAAUUUCUGCACCUUUGCACAAUGCAGUGCCCUUUAACAGCCUUUUCCUUCCAUAAUUAGACGUGACCAACCCUGUAUUCAUAUCAAGAAAAAUAUCCUCUCUCUCUCUCUCUCUCUCAGUGUGUGUGUGUCCGAAGAUGGAAAAGGAAGAGUCCAAGUUGGAGGUGCAGGCUGAGGUGGAGGAGCAAGAAGCUGAGGAACCAACUCCAUUGGUCAGAAAUUCAAGAAAUGGAGAUGACAGCAAAAUCAUUCCAAAAUAUGGUGUUGAAAUUAAUGGUGGAGUGAGUAAUGGAGUCUCUCAAAAUGAAAAUGAAAAUGAAGAGCUUAGAAUUCCUGCAGAAAACCAGAAAAUGGAGGAGAUUGAUUGGGUUCUUGCAAAUGAAGUCAUUGAUGGAGGAGAGGAGAGUGAAAAAAAAGUUCUUGAAAAUGGAGCAGAAGCCAUUACUGAGGGCAAGAAUUCAAAGGAAAAUCAUGUUUUCCAUGACAAAGCUGAAGGUUUAGGUGUUAAUCCUAUACCUGCGUAUAUUCAUAAGACGCUAAUUGUGGAGGAUCCUGCACGUACAAAACACGAUGUCUCAUCACUUGUUCCCGUAAUUCAGUUCAGUGGUGCUUCGGUCAUAAACAAUCAACACGGGGAAGAGGGCAAGGAGGAUGGCUUUUCGAAUUCAGACGGCUUGCCUUCAGACAGUUCAUCUCAAGAAGGUGUGGAUUCCACAUAUGCAUAUAUUAUAAGGGAGCCAGUCUUGAAAGGACCUGCAAAAUACGCCAUCUCGUCUCUUGAUCCUGCCAUUCAGUUGAAUGGUGCUUCGGUCAUAAACAAUCAACACGAGGAAGAGGACAAGGAGGAUGGUGUUUCAAGUUCAGAUGCUCUGUCUUCAGACAGUUCAUCUCAAGAAGGUGUUGAUUCAACAUCUACAUAUAUUAUAAGGGAGCAAGUCUUGAAAGGACCUGCAAAGUACGCUGUCUCGCCUCUUGAUCCCGUCAUUCAGUUCAAUGGUGCUUCGGUCAUAAACAAUCAAUACGACGAAGAGGGCAAGGAGAAUGGCGUUUCAAGUUCAGAUGUCCUGCCUUCAGAAAGUUCAUCUCAAGAAGAUUUGGUUGCAGAUAUCGAUUCCACAUCUACAUAUAUUAUAAGGGAGCCAGUCUUGAAAGGACCUGCAACAGACUUCGUCUCAUCUCUUGAUCCCGUCUUUCAGUUCAAUGGUGCUUCGAUCAUAAACAAUCAACACGAGGACAAGGAGAAUGGCAUUUCGAGUUCAGAUGUCUUGUCUUCAGACAGCUCAUCUCAAGAAGAUUUGGUCCUGUCUCUUGAUCCGGCUGUUGACUCCAAUGGAGCUUCCGUAGUAAGCAAUCAAUACGAGGAUAUUGAGACGAAUAGCAUCUCUGAAAAGAUUCAUGGAUCUUCCAAAGAGAUCGAGAGUGAAGAAACUGAGCUGAUAAACGAGGAUGAUCUGGAAAUAACAGAGUUAGACGUCGAAAGAGUCAUUCGGAAGCAGACCACACAUGAUCUGUACUGUCCCAACUGCAAGUCUUGCAUUACAAAGAGGGUUAUUCUUAGCAAACGAAAGCGCAGAAAAAAGAUUCCCGAUGGGGAGGUGAAGCGCCCCAAAACAGAUACUGCAGCUGUAGGGACUGUUUCGUCCGAGGAUCAAGUUCAUCAGGAAGGUGAAGUUGGUAACGACGAUGCUCAAACACAACCAAUCGAUGAAGAUGACCGUGACAGAGGCCCGGUUAUAUUUCGUUGCUUAUCGUGCUUCAGCAUUUUCAUUCCAACUGGGGACGGAUUCCGAUUGUUUGGUAGAAGUGGAAAAGAAAAUGCACGUGAUGGACAAGCACCAGAUGUAAAGAAGAGCUGGUUCGACAUAUUUAAACCGAAUAGGCAGAAAACACUGGUUGGGGAAGGAAUUAGUUUUGAGACGAACGUGCAACAAGUCAGCUCAGCCAUUCCAUCGUCCAGCCCUGCUCGCGUAAGUGGCCAGCCAUUAGUUUUACAAGAUACGGCCCCACCUGCUCGUGCUCCUGCUCCUGCACAACUCGAGGGAACUACGGCAGAUGAAAUCCAAGAUCUAAAACUCCCCUUGUUAGUAGAUGAGUUGAAUGCCGUGUUAGCCGCGGAUCAGCAAAUGGAAUCAAAACCUAGCCGGGAAGUUCAGACAAUUCAAGGCGACGACGUUGUCCAGCUCCCACAACCAUCAGUGUCAGCAGGUGUAGACGCGGAUGGCACAUUGAUCUCAGUAUCUAUUCCUCACAACGAACAAGAAGUUAGAGCCACUAUCGUGACCACAUCUAUUCUUGACAGCAUAAAUGUCGAUUCAAGAAGCAGUGAUAGCGGAAAUAGUUUCGAAACAAACGUGAAACAAGUCAGCUUAGCCAUUCCAUCAUCCAGCCCUGCUGGUGUAAGUGGCCAACCAUUAGUUUUACAAGAUUCGGCCCCACCUGCUCGUGCUCCUGCACGACUCAAGGGAACUACAGCGGAAACUGCUGCACACGAAGGCCAGGAUCUAAAAAUCCCCUUGUUAGAUAAGUCGGAUGCUGUAUUAGCCGCAGAUCAGCAAACGGAACCAAAACCUAUCCAAGAAGUUCAGACCAUUCAAGACAACGACAUUGUCCAGCUCCCACAACCAUCAGUAAACGCGGAUAGCAAAUUGAUCUCAGUAUCUAUUCCUCACAACGAACAAGACGUUAGAGCCACUAUCGUGCCUACAUCUAUUCACGACAACAGAAAUUUCGAUUCCAGCAGUGACAUCGGUGAGGUCUACCCUGCUGAAGUGCCUCAGAAGGUGACAACUACAACGACCGUCGACUUCAGACACGACAAGCCACUCAGAACUAGUAUCAUCUCAGAAAUUGGAGAUGCACCAUCUUCACAAGGUGUAGGCAUUGAUACCAAGAUAACUAUCAUAGAUACACAUCCAGGAGCGACUAUAACACCUUCGACAGUUUCCCAGUCGGGAACUCAAACUAGUACUGCUGAAAGGGAAGGACUCGGAGCGAGAGAAGAACGCAAAGUUGAAGUGAUCAAAAGCGUAGUUUACGGUGGGCUAGCAGAGAUCAUGACUAGCCUUAGCAUUGUGUCAUCAGCCGCUGGUGGUGGUGCGUCCACAUUGAAUGUGUUAACUCUGGGAGCUGCAAAUUUGAUUGGAGGUCUUUUCAUCAUUGCUCACAAUUUGUGGGACUUAAAAUGCGACCGCGUCGAGGAGCAGCUCUCUAACCAAGUGACCGAGCAGGCAGAUCGUUACAGACAGCUCCUGGGCCGGAGACAGAAUUUCGCGCUUCACGCCUUUGUUGCCAUAGUAGCGUACAUCACGUUCGGCUUGGUGCCUCCGGUCGUGUACGGCUUCUCGUUCCGUGAGUCAGAUGACAAACAGCUGAAGCUAUUGAUGGUGGCAGCAGCUUCCUUUGUGUGCAUACUUGUGCUGACAUUGGGAAAGGCCUAUGUGCAGAGGCCCCCAAAGCCUUACUUGAAAACAGUCAUGACCUUCUUGGUUAUUGGGAUAUCUGCCUCGGGCGUGUCGUACGCUGCCGGAGGAUUAGUCGAGCGCCUUCUGGAGAAGCUCGGUUUGUUCGAGCCGAGCUCGGUAGCUCCUAACUUGCUUGUGCCGGAGAUGAGACCAGUUGGUUCGGGAUGGGCCUCUUACUGAGUGCUCUCUCUCUCUCGUUAUAUGUUCAAUUGAAUGUGGCGAUUUUGUUGGAAAUAAAACUAGUAUUGCUAGUCUUUUUGCAUCUUGUACUUUAUCUUAUUUCUCAUAAAUAGUCUGUCUCAUAACUCUAUAAAUUCUUAAACCUUCGCUAAAUUUUAAUUUUGCUUACCAGCUUUAACAUC